CACUCCGCGCACGGGACCAGUCUCGCCGUGCCGCUGACGUGCGCUCGCCGUCGACACGAUGCCGUCGCCGUUCACCAAGGACCAAGACCUCAACUUAAUAAAAUUUGUCAAGAAAUCUCCUAUACUUUAUAACAACAAUCAUGACAAAUUUCUGGAUUCCGAGCAAAGGGAGAAUGCGUGGAAGAGGAUAAGCGAUGCUCUUGAAAAACCGGCAAUAGCGUGUAAAAAUCGUUGGAUUAAUAUAAGAGAUAAUAUGAGACGUAAGAUCAGAGAAAGGGAAAAGUUUUCGAAUCAACCAUGGAGGAAAAAUCAGUCUAAGUACAAAUAUAAAUAUGAAGAUGAGUUGGCGUUCCUGAUCCCGUUUUUCAGAAACAUUAACGUUGAGGGUGGAUGUUCUGAGGAAGCAGACGACUACGCAGAUAACGAGAACUCCGGGGUUGAAUCUGAGAAAGUAUUUUUUGAUAAUGAUUAUAGCACGGAAGAUGUGUUAGACGUGAAGCCUAACGUGUCUAAUUUUGUGCUCGUAAAUAAAAGACAAGAUGAAUUUAUUAAUAAUGCAAGUUUUGACAACGUUUCCACGUCACAGGAGCGACCAUUGGAUCCAGUUGCAGUGUUUCUGGAAGCCAUAGGUUCGACGCUGAGGGAAUUAAAUCCGUUUUACCUGAAUCAGGCGAAGACCAGGAUAUUCCAAGUAGUUCAGGAUUGCGAGCUUCAGCAAAUUGUCAAUAAAGGUGAACAACCGCCUAUAAAUUGAAUGAUGAAAUGUAGCCUUGACUAUUGUGACAAAGUGCCAUGUGAUUUUAAUAGUGUCGUAAGAAUAUUUUGGUAUUAAACGAUAUAAAAUGACUGUUAUGGCUGUAAAUGAAUAUUUAUUGUAAUUCGAUAUGUAUAUGUAUUAAUCAUUAAAUUAAUAUUUGGAAAAAUAAAGCUUUUACCAAAUAAGUUAAAGCUAUUGAUAUUCCGGAAGUCC